AUGGCACGUCUUCCUCUAAAGCAGUUGUUGGCCGAUAAUCCUAAGAAGGUUCUUGUUCUUGAUGGUGGUCAAGGAACAGAAUUAGAGAAUAGAGGUAUCAAAGUUGCCAACCCUGUAUGGUCAACCAUUCCAUUCAUUAGUGAAUCUUUUUGGUCCGAUGAGUCAUCUUCUAGCAGAAAAAUUGUCAAAGAAAUGUUCAACGAUUUCUUGGAUGCUGGUGCGGAGAUAUUAAUGACUACAACAUACCAAACAAGUUACAAGUCUGUUUCUGAAAAUACGCCGAUCAAGACUUUAUCAGAAUACAAUAAUCUAUUGACCAGAAUUGUCGAUUUUUCUCGUGGUUGUAUUGGCGAAGAUAAAUACUUGAUUGGUUGUAUUGGCCCAUGGGGUGCUCAUAUUUGCCGCGAGUUUACAGGUGACUAUGGUGCUAACCCGGAAAGUAUUGACUUCUAUCAGUAUUUCAAACCUCAGUUGGACAACUUCAAUAAGAAUGAUAACUUGGACCUUAUUGGAUUUGAAACCAUUCCUAACAUUCAUGAAUUGAAGGCCAUUUUGUCUUGGGAUGAGAGUGUUCUAUCUAAACCCUUUUAUAUUGGUUUAUCCGUUCACGAGCAUGGUGUCUUGAGAGAUGGUACUACCAUGCAAGAAGUUGCAAAAGUUAUCAAGGACUUGGGCGACAAAAUAAAUCCAAACUUUUCCCUCUUGGGUAUUAACUGUGUUAGUUUCAACCAGUCCCCUGACAUUCUUGAGUCUCUACAUCAGGCUCUACCCGAUAUGGCCUUACUUGCUUAUCCAAAUAGUGGGGAAGUUUAUGACACUGAAAAAAAGAUAUGGUUGCCAAAUAGUGACAAACUAAACAGUUGGGAUGCGGUAGUCAAGCGUUACAUUAGCAGCGGUGCCCGUAUCAUCGGUGGUUGUUGUAGAACAAGUCCAAAAGACAUCCAAGAGAUUUUCACAGCUGUCAAAAAAUACACUUAG